AUAAACCAUCUUGUUAGUCUUUAAAGUGCUACAUAGACCUGUAUUUUGGGUCCUCACUUGUAUUCCUUUUCCAGGCUUCUGAAGAGCUUUCCAAUAGUAUGCAUCUCAUUCAGCCUCCAGGUUUUGUCUUCUUGCCUAAUGAGUAAUUCCAUUGCCUGCAUUUGUUCCUGCAAAGAACUUUCCAAAGCAGGACUGGAAUAAUAUUUUGAAACUGACUGCUUAGCAAAGAAGUGCAAAGAAGCAGAGGCAGUGAUGCAAUCUGCAAAUUCAGGAAGAUGACAUUCUUGCAGCCAGAGUUGGAAAGACAUCGCUCAUUAUGUCUCUUGUCAGUGAAGAAUUUCCAGAUGAGGUUCCUCCACGUGCAGAAGAAAUUACCAUCCCUGCUGAUGUCACCCCUGAAAGAGUACCAACGCACAUAGUGGAUUAUUCAGAAGCAGAGCAAAGUGAUGAACAGCUUCAUCAUGAAAUAUCACAGGCUAAUGUAAUUUGCAUAGUAUAUGCUGUUAACAACAAGAAUUCCAUUGACAAGGUAACAAGCAGAUGGAUUCCUCUCAUCAACGAAAGAACAGACAAAGACAGCAGGCUUCCUCUUAUAUUGGUUGGAAACAAAUCUGAUCUAGUGGAAUAUAGCAGUAUGGAGACUAUUCUUCCCAUUAUGAACCAAUACACAGAUAUAGAAACCUGCGUAGAGUGUUCAGCUAAAAACUUGAAGAAUAUAUCUGAGCUAUUCUAUUAUGCACAGAAAGCUGUUUUACAUCCUACAGGGCCUCUCUAUUGUCCAGAGGAAAAAGAGAUGAAACCUGCCUGUAUAAAAGCUCUCACACGCAUCUUCAGAGUCUCUGAUCAGGAUAAUGAUGGCACUCUCAGUGAUGCAGAGCUCAACUUCUUCCAGAGAAUUUGUUUUAAUACACCACUAGCACCUCAAGCAUUAGAAGAUGUAAAGAAUGUAGUCAGAAAAAAUCUAAGUGAUGGAGUUGCUGAUAAUGGACUGACAUUAAAAGGUUUUCUUUUUCUACACACGCUUUUUAUUCAGCGAGGAAGACAUGAAACGACUUGGACAGUAUUACGCCGCUUUGGAUAUGAUGACGACUUAGAGCUCACACCAGAGUAUUUGUUUCCUCCGUUGAAAAUUCCUUCUGAUUGCACAACAGAAUUGAAUCACCAUGCAUAUUUGUUUCUCCAAAGCAUUUUUGAUAAGCAUGAUUUGGAUAGAGAUUGUGCUUUGUCCCCUGAUGAACUCAAAGAUUUGUUCAAAGUCUUCCCUUAUAUGCCAUGGGGACCUGAUGUCAACAACACCGUGUGUACAAAUGAAAGGGGAUGGAUAACAUACCAGGGGUUUCUUUCUCAGUGGACAUUAACUACAUACUUAGAUGUACAGCGCUGCCUGGAGUACUUGGGCUACUUAGGCUAUUCAAUACUGACAGAGCAAGAGUCUCAAGCAUCAGCAAUUAUAGUAACUAGAGAUAAAAAGAUAGACCUCCAGAAAAAGCAGACUCAAAGGAAUGUGUUCAGAUGUAAUGUUAUUGGGAUGAAAGGCUGUGGGAAAAGUGGUGUUCUCCAGGCACUUCUUGGAAGAAGCCUAAUGAGACAAAGGCAAAUUCGCGCAGAGCACAAAUCUUACUAUGCGAUGAAUACAGUCUAUGUAUAUGGACAAGAAAAAUACUUGCUGCUACAUGAUGUUAGUGAAUCUGAAUUUUUAACUGAUGCCGAGACAUUAUGUGAUGCUGUUUGCUUGGUGUAUGAUGUCAGUAAUCCUAAAUCCUUUGAAUACUGUGCUAGGAUUUUUAAGCAACAUUUUGUGGACAGCAGAAUACCUUGCUUAGUGGUAGCUGCAAAGUCAGACCUACAUGAAGUGAAACAAGAAUAUACCAUUUCCCCUGCUGACUUCUGCAAGAAACACAAAAUGCCUCCACCACAAGCCUUUACUUGUAACACUGUCGAUAUGCCGAGUAAGGAUAUCUUUGUUAAACUGACAACAAUGGCCAUGUAUCCCCAUGCCCGAUUACGCUGUAUGUGCGCCUGCAACAGGUGUACAUUUUGCAUCUGUCAGAACUUCCUCAACUCAGACUUGCUGCAAUCUGUAAAGAACAAACUCUUCACUGCAGUUCUUAACAGGUUAAGACUCCAUGUAGAUGAGUUGGGUGCCAUGCUGUUAGCAGACGAGGAGAGCAGUAUUAUUCACCAGGUGCACGCCGUCAGCUCUGUGGAAGAUUCCAUCUUCAUGGAGUCAUCUCUUGAUCCACAGUUACUUGAAGACAGGCAUGUGAUACAAGCAGACCUCAAAAGCUCCACGUUUUGGCUUCGAGCAAGUUUUGGUGCUACAGUCUUUGCAGUUUUGGGUUUUGCCAUGUACAGAGCAUUAUUAAAGCAGCGAUGAUCUGAAAAGCAGUAUCUGGCCCCUACCAAAUUAAAAAAAAAAUUAUGUACAUUCUGAAUGCUUUAAAUUCUGCUAGAGAUAUUUAUAUAUGCAGAGUUACUUUAUUAAUAUUUGUAAUUCAUGCAUAAGAUUGUUUUAAAUGAAAGCUAUAACUACAGUAUUGCAUAAUGUGUGGAAAAAAUUGCAUUGUAACAGCCAACUAAAAAUGGCCUAAUUUGUGAGGCCAAAAAGGAAUGUUGUAAAUAAUCUGUAUAUAUUAAGACAUUGCUUCCCAAAAAGUUAUUAGAAAUACUGUUCUUAGGUGUUUCAUCAUAGUGAGAGUGUAUAAUUGGAAUUCAUUUUCAAUAGAGUAGGUUCAACUCAAGGAUCAUACUUGCUCAAGGAUUACUUAUUUAUUUCACAUGCAUCUAAAGUUCUUUUUUGGGACUACACAUUAUACAAGAUGGAAUAUGUGGCUUUUUUUUCCUUUUUAAACUGAAGAGCCAGCCAAUUUACCCACUGAACUAUAUUUUAAGGAAAAAGUCACUGUGGCAGAUGUGGCCUAAUGAUUUUUGUAUGUUACAUGACCUUUGACAUGUUUAACUAUCUAAGAGACUCCUCUUUUAAAAGAAAAAGGUAAACUUUAAAAACUGCCAGGCAGACUUCAUAUGCAUUGGAAUUCUGUGUUGGUUCACUUUCCACUAUGUUUUAUAGCCCUUUCAAAUCAGAUGGAAAACAAUUUGUAAAUUAUAAAUGUUUAUAAUUCAAAAAGUGUUGCUGUUUAAUUCUUCACGGUAAAUCAUUCUUGUAAAAGCUGUGUAUGGGGUAGAACUAAAAUAGUACACAGUGCUUAUUCCACUUUAGUGUGUAUUAGUUGCAUGGUUCACAGGGGGUUAAAUACCUGGUUAGAAUUACUGUUAGACAGCACCUUUUUUAAUGGAUCGAGUAAUCUAAUGAAUAGAAUAUCCUCAUGACAAACCUAUUUUUUCCAUUGCAGGCCUUUUCAAGUAUUUCAAUAAAUAACUAUGUACUGUGCCUUGCCUAGAUAUCUUUAUUAUUUCAUUAAAGGUACUGUUGAUAGUAAAAGCCUGCCCUUCAUCACAGAGAAUACUGUAGCAACACUUUAAGAUGUCAGUAUGUAAAUAUCUUGGAUACAUUGACUCUUCUGUCCUACAUUGUCACUCCAUUCAAGUCAGUGGAGUUACUCUUGAUUUUUACAACAGGAAAAUAGGAUUGGGUACUAAACUCCACUGAAACUAAAGAAUGCAUUGCUGAUUUAAACUUUCUCCAUCACUAAGCAACCAUAUUCUGAUGCAUUUUGAUCCAAUGGGGAAAUGAAGAGGUUUUUCUCAAGAUCAUGUACUCUGAGGCAAGUAAUUGCAAUGAAUGUCUAUUGUUGACCAAAAGUUACAUUAAAAAGUUCCCGUUUAUAGCUGGCUGGGUUUUGCAGGACCUACUAUUGACUGGUUCUAAAAGGAUGUGUUAAUAUGCCGAGCCCAGUGAAGAGAGAGUUCUUGGCAGAGAAACAGAGAAAUACUCAGGCUUUAAUUUGGUAUUGUAUUCCCUUGUGUUGUAAGCUGGGUGAAACCUUGUGAUGGGUUGGGUUCAAAAUCAUGUGCAAACAUACCCUUCACUUAAGAUAGUUGUUAAAAAUACUUAAGGCCCAUACAUAAAGCAAGGCCUAAUAGAAUUUGCUCAGAAACUAGCAGAAGGUUCCAUUAGAUACUGUGGUUAGAUGUGUAAAAGAUGAGACAAGAGUCCAGAUGACAACAGAGAAAGAGGCUCAUGCAGAUGGAAGAAGAAAGCCAAGCAGUUGCAUGUGAGCACAGUGUACCCUGUAAAAAUCUAGAGAAAACGCAUUUGGAUCUGUUGGCCAAAGAAACUUGGAAACAGCUCCUUUUGGUUUUUGUUCCUUCUGUGUUUGAAGGAGCAGGACUUUGUAUAUUCUUUGUAAAUAAACAAUACUGCAUCAAAGAAAA